CAUAUAAAUUAUAAAUAAAUAAAUGAGUCCCGUUCCGUCUGCAGCAGCGUCAAGUUCGAAGAUACACCUGAAGUCGCAGUCGCGCGCCUACGUGCCAUUAUUUCGUGACUUUCGAGUGCUACCAGCGCGGCCAAAUCGCAUAAAAAUAGCAACGUUAUACAAAUAUACAAAUUGUGGCCCGCUGUCGUGUGUUAAAUGUGCAUUUAAAAAUUCCCCGAAAAACGGAAAGAGUUCUUCUGUUUCAGUACUAGUGUAUUUUGUGCCAAAUUAAAAAUUUUGAACGCCAGCAGUGCAUACAACAAAUCACGCAUUGCUGCUUCACUUGUUUUGUUGUUAUUGUUUUACUGUUUGCUACUUUCUGAUUUGAAUGUCCGAAAAUAAAGGCAUCAUGCUCGCCAAAUCUAUGCAAAAACACGCUGGACGUGCCAAGGAGAAGAUUCUACAAAACUUGGGCAAAGUCGAUCGCACCGCCGAUGAAAUCUUUGAUGAUCAUUUGAAUAAUUUCAAUCGCCAACAAACAAAUGCCAACAAAUUACAAAAGGAGUUCAAUAACUACAUAAGAUGCAUACGCGCCGCACAAAUUGCCUCAAAGUCGCUGUUGGAAGCCGUUUGCGAAGUCUACGAACCACAAUGGAGCGGAUACGAUGCGCUUCAAGCACAAACUGCCGCCUCGGAAAGUUUGUGGCUCGAUUUUGCACACAAACUGGGUGAUCAGGUCCUGAUACCCCUCAAUACAUAUACUGGUCAGUUUCCAGAAAUGAAGAAGAAAGUGGAGAAGCGCAAUCGCAAACUUAUCGACUACGAUGGUCAACGUCAUUCGUUCCAAAAUCUGCAAGCCAAUGCCAACAAACGCAAGGAUGAUGUUAAGCUUACCAAAGGUCGUGAACAGCUGGAAGAGGCUCGUCGCACCUACGAAAUUUUGAAUACGGAACUACACGAUGAGCUGCCCGCCCUCUACGAUUCGAGAAUAUUGUUUUUGGUAACCAAUUUGCAGACACUGUUCGCCACAGAGCAGGUGUUCCACAAUGAAACGGCUAAGAUCUAUGCGGAAUUUGAGGCAAUCGUUGAUAAAUUGGCCACAGAAUCGCAACGUGGCUCUAAUACGCUGCGCAAACAAACAAUAAAUGUCAUCAAGACUUCAAGCCCAGUGCAAUCGCCAGUGAAUAAACUGAACAACGCCAAUGCCAACAACAGCAACUAUCAAAAUCAAAUUACCACAAAUGGUGGCUCCAGUCUGGCAAACAGUCCAACAUCCACAAGCUCAUCAAUGGUUGAGCCACGAUUUGAUUCAGUUUCUUCAACACCAGAACCGACGCCAGAGUCGGCACAGCUCCCAGAGCUGCCACACAGCCCCACACCGCAACUGGAGAAGCCUGGAGCCGAAGAGGUGGCAGCAGCAGCAAUAGCAGCAGCGGUUGCCAAUGGAUUCACCAGCAUCACCACAACAGCAGCAACAACAAGCACAUUUGUGGAGAGUGCUGCUGAGCCAACCAGUCCGAAUGCUAAUACAGUGGCUAAAACAGAGGAAACGAUCACUGAAUUGACAGCAGAUGCUAAGGAAACAACAACAACAACGACGACGACAACAACAACAGCAGCAGCAGCAGCAACAGCAACAAAAUCAAUAUUAAAUGGCAAUAAUAAUGAACCAAAUGUGCAACCACCCACCACCAACAGCAGCAACAGCAACAAUGGCAGCAGCAGCACAACCACCAACACCACCACCACCACAACAGCCAUAGCAUCCACACCAAAAGAACCAGGAAAGCAGCCGAAAGAGCUGCCGGAUGGUCAGUCGGGUGCCAAUGGCAAUUCGAGUUCGCUUGAGGAGCAUAAACAAAAGAAACUAGAUACAGAAACAGUUAGCAGUAGCCAAAAACAUUUAGUUAAUACCCAAACUGUUAUAAAACAUAAUAAAAAUCCCUUCGAUGAAGAUGACGAACGCAUCUAUGAAGUGCCCAAGGAUGCCAACACAGCUGAUUUGCCACCAGGUGUGCUAUAUCGUGUGAAGGCGACCUACGGCUAUGUCAAGGAGGAUGUCGAUGAGCUGAGCUUUGAAAUUGGCGACACCAUACGUGUCAUUGAGUACGACGAUCCCGAGGAUCAGGAAGAAGGCUGGCUAAUGGGUCAAAAGGAAGGCACAACCGAAAAGGGCUUAUUCCCCGCCAACUUUACGCGUCCCAUUUGAAAAGCUGACGCAGCUACAAUGACGGAAUGAAUGCAACUAAACACCACUAAAUAACAACAGAAACAAGAAUAACAACAACCACUUCAGCCCAAAUUUUGUUAUAUUAUUAUAUACAAGCAAAAUACUUUUUACACACAUUUUACAAACUACUUUGAACGAACUUCAACUUUCGGCCAAAUUUUGAUACAGCGCUGCACCAAUUAUUUUAAUUGUCAUUGAGAACCUGUGGUUUUUCGUCAAAUUUAUUGUUUAAAUUAAAUCAAAUUUAUAUUUUAAUUCGUACGAUGUAAUAAACAGUCGUGAAUUUGUUAAAGCAGUGCUUCCAAACAUUAUUAUUAUUAAUAUAUAAUUGUUGAGAAAUGAUUGCACACAAAAUAUUUUGAAAUGUUUCAUAUAUAUUAUUUUGUUAGUUAUAAGCUUAAACAAAAACAAAACAUGCAAAAAAGAAAAAAAAACAAAAAUUAAUAUGAAUGAAAAAUCUAAAUCCAUACUUAUACACAUAUAUAUUAUUUGUUAAACCUAUUAUUGUGCUCAUAAUUAAUACGAACAAAAUGUAUCUAAUUUGUAAUUUGUUAAAAGCAAAAGGCAAAGACGAACAAUUUAACGCAUAUCACUCGAUAAGGAUCAUGUUUCAAGCAUGUUAACUGCUAGAGCGAGAGGAAGAAUACAAAAAUAACCUUUUGUAUAUGUAUUUUGCAAAUCAUGUAGUACGAGUUUUUUAUAGUCAAUUGAAUGUUUUGGAGUGUAAAGAAAGGCCACUAGAAUUUCCCAUUUUGGCAUUUUUUUUUGGCAAUCUGAGUACAACAUUAAAUUGUUUUUUAUUCAUUUAAAUUAAUAUUUUAUUUGUAGCUGUUAUUUAGUUGAAGAAAUCGAAAAGUACACUUUAAUAACAUUACUAGUGUCAGCUUUAUACCAUUAUAAAAA